UGGACGAUGAGAGGCCGCUCUCGGCUCUGUCCGUCACUCUGACUCUGUCUCCUCCCCUCCCCGCCUCUGUCCCUCUGCGCGUUUCUCGGGCAGUUCGGGGCGCUGUGUAUAAAAGGAGACAGCAGCAGGCAGUUUGUCAGUGAGCAGCGACCUGAGUGAAGCAGCAUCAUGUCUGGUAGAGGGAAAGGGGGCAAAGGCGGAGCCAAGCGGCACCGUAAAGUGCUCCGUGAUAACAUUCAGGGUAUCACCAAACCGGCCAUCCGCCGUCUGGCUCGCCGUGGCGGCGUCAAGCGGAUCUCGGGUCUGAUCUACGAGGAGACCCGCGGGGUGCUGAAGGUUUUCCUGGAGAAUGUGAUCCGGGAUGAGGUCACCUGCACUGAACACGCCAAGCGCAAGACGGUCACUGCCAUGGAUGUGGUGUACGCUCUGAAACGCCAGGGCCGCACUCUCUAUGGCUUCGGCGGCUGAAAAACUCCCACUUCCUCCCGAGCACAACACAAAGGCUCUUCUAAGAGCCACCCACCGCCUCACAGACGGAGCCGUAUCUACAACAUUUUAAUUUUUUUUUAUCGAUAUA